CUCUCGUUCCGCUCCCCCAGCAGCCCACCCCUCAUCUCUCUUUCUUCGUCACGCCACCUUUACCUCUCCGGGAUCGAACCCUCGCCCCCAAAUUCGUCAUGGCGAAGCCCUCGAAUUCUGAGGAUCUCUCCGAGGAAACACCCUCCAAUGGCUCGAUCUCCUCCGAGGAGGAGCAGAAGAUCGAGGCCGAGGCGAACCAGGAAGAGGAGGACGACGACGAGGAGCUCGAGGACGUCGCGCGGACGGCGAGCCCCGACGAUGACGAGGCCGGAGGAGAUGGCGAUGACUCGACCGAGGAUGAUGAGGCCGUCGCCGAGGCAAACGAUUUCGAAGACGAGACUGUGGAACCAUCUGAAAAUGCUGCAAUUGGAAAGCGCGAGAGAGCCAGGCUAAGAGAGAUGCAAAGGCUGAAGAAGCAAAAGAUUGAGGAAAUACUGGCUCAACAAAAUGCUGCCAUUGAUGCUGACAUGAACAAUAAAGGGAAGGGGCGGCUGAAGUAUUUGCUGCAACAGACGGAAAUAUUCGCUCAUUUUGCUAAUGGCAUUCAAUCUGCAUCGGAGAAGAAGCCAAGAGGAAGGGGGCGUCAUGCAUCAAAAGUAACCGAGGAGGAAGAGGACGAAGAAUACCUGAAGGAGGAAGAAGGUGGUUUCUCGAUUGGAGGAGGGACUCGUUUGGUUUCACAACCAUCUUGUAUACAAGGGAAAAUGAGAGAUUACCAGCUGGCUGGAUUAAAUUGGCUGAUAAGGUUGUACGAAAAUGGAAUCAAUGGAAUUCUGGCUGAUGAGAUGGGUCUCGGGAAAACAUUGCAAACCAUCUCUUUACUGGGCUAUUUGCAUGAGUUCAGAGGGAUUACAGGGCCUCACAUGGUGGUAGCACCGAAAUCCACUCUUGGCAACUGGAUGAGGGAGAUUCGACGCUUCUGUCCUGUUUUGCGUGCUGUAAAGUUUCUUGGUAACCCAGAUGAAAGGAAACAUAUACGCGAAAAUUUAUUAGUGGCUGGAAAGUUCGAUGUAUGUGUAACUAGUUUUGAAAUGGCCAUCAAAGAGAAAAAUGCCCUAAGGCGCUUUAGUUGGCGAUAUGUUAUUAUCGAUGAGGCUCAUCGGAUAAAAAAUGAGAACUCUCUUCUUUCUAAAACAAUGAGACUCUAUAAAACAAACUAUCGCCUCCUUAUUACGGGUACACCUCUUCAGAACAAUCUGCAUGAGCUCUGGUCCCUUCUUAAUUUUCUACUUCCUGAGAUAUUUAGUUCAGCUGAAACCUUCGAUGAAUGGUUUCAAAUAUCUGGGGAAAAUGAUCAGCAAGAGGUUGUCCAGCAGCUUCACAAGGUUCUUCGUCCAUUUCUCCUCCGUAGACUAAAAUCUGAUGUUGAAAAAGGUUUACCUCCAAAGAAGGAAACUAUACUCAAAGUAGGAAUGUCCCAGAUGCAGAAGCACUAUUAUCGUGCUCUGCUUCAGAAAGAUCUGGAAGUCAUUAAUGCUGGAGGAGAACGUAAACGUCUUCUAAACAUAGCUAUGCAGCUGCGUAAGUGUUGUAAUCAUCCAUAUCUGUUCCAAGGCGCAGAGCCUGGCCCACCUUAUACGACAGGGGAACAUCUUAUUACAAAUGCUGGAAAAAUGGUUCUUCUAGAUAAACUUCUGGCUAAGUUAAAAGAGCGUGAUUCCAGGGUUCUAAUAUUUUCACAGAUGACUAGGCUUUUGGAUAUCCUGGAGGAUUAUUUGAUGUUUCGUGGAUACCAAUACUGUCGGAUUGAUGGUAAUACUGGUGGGGAAGAACGUGAUGCUUCUAUUGAAGCCUUCAAUCAGCCGGGGAGUGAAAAGUUCAUUUUCUUGCUUUCAACCAGAGCUGGUGGGCUGGGGAUUAACCUUGCCACUGCAGAUGUUGUUAUUCUUUAUGACAGUGAUUGGAACCCUCAGGUUGAUUUGCAAGCACAAGAUCGUGCUCACAGGAUUGGUCAGAAAAAGGAAGUUCAAGUGUUCCGUUUCUGCACCGAGUAUACUAUUGAAGAAAAAGUGAUCGAGAGGGCAUAUAAGAAACUUGCGCUUGAUGCUUUGGUGAUCCAACAAGGUCGAUUAGCAGAGCAGAAAGCUGUUAAUAAAGAUGAAUUGUUGCAAAUGGUGAGAUUUGGUGCUGAGAUGGUCUUCAGCUCCAAGGACAGUACAAUAACUGAUGAGGAUAUUGACCGUAUCAUAGCUAAAGGAGAGGAGACAACAGCUGAGCUUGAUGCUAAAAUGAAGAAGUUUACGGAGGAUGCUAUCCAGUUUAAAAUGGAUGAUACUGCUGACCUUUAUGACUUCGAUGAUGAGAAGGAUGAUAACAAAACUGACUUUAAGAAACUUGUUACUGAGAACUGGGUAGAACCUUCAAGAAGGGAAAGGAAAAAAAAUUACUCAGACUCUGAUUACUUCAAGCAAGCAUUGCGGCAAGGUGGACCAGCAAGAGCAAGAGAGCCACGGAUUCCUCGCAUGCCUCAGUUACAUGACUUCCAGUUUUUCAACACAAAGAGGUUAAGUGAAUUGUAUGAAAAAGAAGUGCGGUAUCUUAUGCAAACACAUCAAAGGAAUCAGUCAAAGGACACCAUUGGUGAUAGUGAUGAAUUUGAAGACUUGAGUGAACCCUUGACCAUGGAGGAACAGGAAGAAAAGGAGCGGUUGCUAGAAGAGGGUUUUUCAACAUGGACAAGGAGAGACUUCAAUACAUUUAUUCGGGCAUGUGAAAAAUAUGGCCGCAAUGACAUAAAAAGUAUAGCUUCUGAUAUGGAGGGCAAAACAGAAGAAGAGGUAGAAAGAUAUGCUAAAGUCUUCAGAGAGAGAUACAAGGAAUUGAAUGACUAUGAUAGAAUAAUCAAGAACAUAGAAAGAGGAGAGGCAAGAAUCUCUCGCAAAGAUGAGAUAAUGAAGGCAAUUGGGAAAAAGUUAGAUCGUUACAAGAAUCCUUGGUUAGAAUUGAAGAUUCAGUAUGGCCAAAACAAAGGGAAGUUGUACAAUGAAGAAUGUGACCGCUUCAUGUUAUGCAUGGUUCACAAACUUGGAUAUGGGAAUUGGGAUGAGCUGAAAGCAGCAUUCCGUACUUCACCUUUAUUCCGUUUUGAUUGGUUUGUGAAGUCCCGCACUACACAAGAGCUCGCCAGGCGGUGUGAUACACUGAUUCGUCUGGUGGAGAAAGAAAAUCAGGAAUAUGAUGAGCGAGAGAGGCAAGCUCGCAAAGAUAAAAAACUUGCUAAGAACCAGACACCAUCGAAGCGGUCCAUGUCAAGGUCAGCAGCUGUGGAAACCCCUGCACUUGCUUCUUUCAAGAGACGAAGGCAAGCAGUGAUGGAUGACCAUGUAACCCCGGGGGGAAGGAGGAGGAGGGGAUGAUUUUAGUUAUAGGAGUUCACUGCAUCUUUUUGAAGUUUGUGAUCCAGAAAUAUAGGCUGGUUCUACUUGUGGGAAAUGCUCAUUUUGCUGAAUGCAUGGGCUUCACCUCUUAAUAUGCGAGUAAAAGUUGUCUCCUCUAGGCAAAUGCUGGCUGUAGCCGUUUAACUUGCCAUUUUAAAUAUGAUAUCUCAUGAUGUUGUUAUACUGAAUGUUGGACCACUCCAUCCAUUUUUUGUUGUUCAGGAGUGGAUUUUUUUUGUUGAAUCCAAAAUUUAUUCUAUUAUAACAUUUUUCUUGUGCCUUCAAA